GUGGCAGAGACAAACAUCCACAGUCGGCCCAGAAUCGGAAAACUUCAUCAAAAUGCGCGCAUCCAUCACCUCCCUCCUUCUUUCUUUAGCAGUUGCCAGCUCAGCCCAAGAGGAUAUUCCGGGACUCACUGACGUCAAAGAUUCGGAGUGUCAACUCAUUUCACCUAUUGUCGAUGAUCUGCGUGCUGUACCGACAGCUGCAGGAUUUUGUUCGUCACUCCUGGCCAUCCCUACUGUCACCGUCACUUCGAGCGCAGUAAGCACAUCGACUGUUAUUUCAACUACGGACACCCUUGAGACAGUUACACUCACGGAAUCGUUCACAAACACCGACGAGACUACAGUCACUGGCACUACGACCUUGACAGCCGAUGCGGUCUUAGUAACUAUCACCACGACUACCGAAGUACAGCUCUGCCCAGCGACGGCAAAGAUAGUAACGGUGACGGCCGAAGCACCCGUCAAACGCGACUAUGUGCAGACGCUCAGUUCCACCAGCACUUCAUGCACUAAGAGCAAGAAGCCUUCGACUACUGCGAAUCCUCCAUCCACAUCCACAAAAUGCUCGAGCACAGUGAGCUACCCGGUCGUGAAGCCCUCCAGUGCAGUAGAGGUACCAUCGUCGCAAACCCUGAGUACAGUGCAAGCAUCGCAUCUGGCCUACUCAACUGCAUCACAGGCAUCGUACGCGUACUCAAGCGUAACGAAGCCAGCUUACUCCACUCUCUCAAGCACUGCAGAGUCAUCUUACGCAACAACAUCAAGCGCUAUCGAGCUACCCUCUACCAUCACUUUCAGCUCUGUCGAGCUUUCUUCUAAAGCACUUUCCAGCACCGUGGAGCUAUCUUCCGCAAUACUCUCCAGCACCACAGAGUCCUCUUCCAUCGUACCUUCCAGCACCAUCGAACCAUUAUCCACACCCACACCCACCCUCCCCGCCCCAACCCUUUGCCCAGACGCCCCAGAGGGCCUCCAGCAAUACGAAUGCGCGCAAAUCACCAAAGCCUGCGAAUGCCUGUCACUUGCAACUCCUACCAUCACUGUCGUCGUCAGCAGCACCGCUACCGAAACUAGCUUCUCAACCUCUACCGCCUUCACUGAAACCGUCGUCACCGUGACCACCACAGCAACACAGGAGAUCGCUGCAACGGAAACCAUGACCCCAACGACCACUAUCAUGGCGACGGCUACCACUACAGCAGGCCCAGACUUCCAAACCGACCCCAACAACUGCGGCGCAUGUGGUAACGUCUGCGCAAGCGGUGGUUGCGCUCGCGGGCUUUGCACAAAUCCCAGCUGUGCGCCUUCGUCUUGCACCAACUACGUCUACUGCGGUUCUGGAUGUGUCUGUGGUGCCGUUGCUGGCGGGGGCGGUCUCUGUGUGCCUGGAACUACUUCCUGCAGCAGUCCCGCGUGCACAGUGAAUGAGGACUGCGGAGCGAACCAGUUGUGUGUUGUGAAGACUUGCUGCAGGGGCGGUGGUGGUAUUUGUGUUAAUGCUACAAGUACCUGUGCGAAUAAGAAUGCGCCAAGGUCGUUGUUUGUUAGGGGGAUGGCUAGGGGAGAGACUGUUCUUGGAUGAGAUAUGAAUUGUCUCUGCUAUUCGUUUUUUUUAAGGACUUGUGUAUAUAGGCUUCAUCGUAGC